GUACAUUUAUAAACAUGCAGCAGUGCUUUCGCUUUAAGAAAUGUUUGUACGGAAGGUUGCAGACAAGUUUUACUGAGGUUAUUAUUCACGUUUAACUUUAAAAACAGGGAUCAAGAAUGGAAGACAUGGAGCGAACAAAGCUUGAGGAGAUGCUGAUGUGCCCGGUAUGUCAGGACACGUUUAAGGAUCCCCGACAGCUGUCCUGUGGUCACACCAUUUGUAUGGUCUGUCUGGAAAACAUGAUGGAUCACUCCUCAGAUGGCCCUUUCCGCUGCCCAGACUGUAGGGAAUCUUUUGGACCCAUCAUAGAGGUGCAGAAGAGCUACGCACUGGCCAAUAUUGUAGAACAUUUCAAAGUGAUCAAGAGGAGGAGGGAGGAGCAGGCAAAAAGUGUGUACUGUGACUGCUGCCCGGAGGAAAAAACCCUAGCCUUCAAAACGUGUGUGAAGUGUGAGGUGUCAAUGUGCAAAGAACAUGUGAAGGACCACCUGGAGCUCGCUGUGUUUACUGGACACCCUUUGGUUAGCCCUCUGGGGGACCUCCUGGAGAGGAAAUGCCCGCAUCACGAGGACAAGGUGCUGAGGUACUACUGCAACGCGUCCAUGCGCUACAUCUGCAACGUCUGCACACUGGAGAGCAAGCAGCACAACCUUGCAACCGAGGCCUCCUCUGUCCUACGGAGACAGCUGACUGAGUACAUGGAACAACGCUUCGAAACACUAAAGGCUCAAAUUGCAGAAUCCAGAGACAAUGUGCAAAAAGAAAUCCUACGUAAAAGAGUGAUCCCCGCUGCCUCGCCACUCAACAGUGUCACAGUGGUGCUGCUCUUUCUGUGGUUCAUCGUUCUGUAUUACGCCUACAACUACUCUGUGGAAAACCAGAUGCUCACAGAAGCGCUGGAUAAGCAGCAGAACCAUGUGCAUCACAUUUACUCCACCAUUGCAGAACUCUUGGUUGAACAUCCAAUGAAAAGACACAAACCUCGGGAGGCAGAAGAAGCCACGGGAGACGAUCUGUUAGAACACUGGAAUGGAAAUGUUAGCUGAAGACAAUAGAAUAGAACAAUGUGUUCGUGUUGGAAUACAUUUACUAUCCUGAUGGAGGUGCUAUAAUCUGCCUAUGUAGAAAGCCAUUGUGUGCCUAAAAGAGAGAUAAUCAGCCAAUGAUUGUGUUAACAUGCAUUUUAAUCCUGGUUUUAGUCAUAUACGUAUGAUAUAUGAUAUUGACAUAAUUAUUCUCCUCACUGUUGUCAUGAUUGUAAAACUACGCCAGUUGAGACUGGUCUGGAUCGUUUCUGUGAAGACGUGAGUUGCUUCAAUAUUUGAAGAUGACCUUUUUGAUUUCUGCUGCCUUUAUUGUGCCUCAUUUACCACUCUGGGUUUAGCUUUUUCAAAUCAGAGCAACAAUAAAAUGAGCUUUUGCAUCA